UUUAUGUCUCAUAGGAGAAAAAACGUCGGGCUGAGAGGGGAAAAGUGACACGCCACCUUGAUUUGUAUGAUCGACGUCUCUGCCUGAAUGAUGUGACUGUGCAUUGGACAAGGAAGGACAAAGGGUUCUCGGCAUUGGUGUUUUGGUGACCCCUAUUGAUUGCUCCUGCCUUCCUACUUACCUAGUUACUCGUCUAUACCAACCGGGAAAUACGCUCACCUCAACCAUAACGAUCCCUGUCACAUCCAAUCAAUAUAUUUCGGAAUCCAUCAAACCCAGACCAGCCAUGCACCAACGCAUGCAAUUCGACGACACAGCAUGGGAAAAAGGCGAAGAAAUCUCCGAGAACUGGCUGCGUCGAUUUCUAGACCCCGAGUUACUGAGACCCCUCGGGCGCUUUGUCUGGAGACACCAUGAGCCCGACGAAGUGACCGAAUUCGGGGCACUCAGCAAGGGCUUCUUCAACAUCUGUGUGCGGAUGAAGUACAGAGAUGAGAGCUCCUCCAUGAUCCGAUUCUCGCAGCCCGGGGUCUCGAUGUUUCCCGAAGAGAAGAUUCGCAAUGAGGUCGCCGUGAUGCGGUAUAUCCAUGACCGGACGUCGAUUCCUGUUCCAUUUGUCUUGCAUUGGGGAGCAGAGGGGCCGUCGAGGCUUGGUCCGUUCGUUCUGAUGGAGUAUAUUGAUCAUGAUGGGGAUAUGGUUGAUGCUCUCAAUACACCGGGUCUUGCGCUUGCAGACGCUCCGAUUUUGGAUCCACAUAUUGACGAAGAAAAGCUUGAGGAGCUUUAUGGACAGCUGGCGGGUGUUUUGCUGCAGCUCUCCACUCUAGCUCUGCCUCGAAUAGGCUCUCUUAACCAGGUGGAUGACUUUACUUGGGAGGUGACACGCCGUCCCUUAUCAGCUGGUAUGAACGAGCUUGUCCGAGUAGGGACUCUGCCUCGAUCCGAGCUCCCGAACCAGAACGCCACAUUUGACUCGGCAGCGUCGUAUUUUGAAGCCCUCGCUGAGCUCCAUAUCAAGCAUCUGGUUCAUCAGAGAAAUGAUGCGGUAGACUCUGCGAAUGAUUGCCGGCGAAAGUAUGUUGCUAGACAGCUCUUCCGCAGACUCGCUAGGUGUGAUAAACUUACAACUUCGGCACUCAAAAAACGGCCAUUCUGCGUGUGGUGUGAUGAUUUCCGUCCAGCCAACGUUCUUGUGAAAGAUUCCCAAAUUGUUGGAGUCUUAGACUGGGAGUUUACCUAUGCCGCUCCGGCAGAGUUCUCCUGUGCCCCGCCCUGGUGGCUUCUUAUCGAAAAGCCCGAGUACUGGCCAGGAGGCUUGGACGAUUGGACAAAUGUCUUUGAAAAGCGCUUAGAGACUUUUCUCAGGGCCAUGGCACAGACCAAAUCUUUGCAAGGUAGGGCCAACGCGGAUGGAACACACGGAACUGCCCAAGCUGCUGCAAAUGGGGGACGUUAGACCUCGUCAUAGCUGUCAUUAUAGUUGAAAGAAUGUCGUGCAUAAGGACCUUGAGGAAAGCCAACGGAG